AUGGAGAGGCACAUGCUCAGGGGACCGCUGUACAGGGACUUUGAUUUGGAGAGGAAGAAUGCCAAGCAGGCUGAAGCCAGACUGGGCCAAAGACUUCAGAGACUGGAGGAUAUCCGCCUCUACCAUUUGAAAUUGCUGGCCAGAGAGCAGAGGCAGCUCCAGAAAGAACUACAGAGGCUGCAGCAAGCAGAUAUGGUGAAGAAAAAAGUCUCCUCUUAUUUUGGGAGUGGAAUUCAGAAGAGACCAGAAGAUGUUUCCAUGUUCUCACCCCAAGAAGGACAGAAGCAUAGAGUCUCGCAAACUAAGAAAAUUAGAGCAUUAGCAACCAGCAUGACCCAAGAAAUAUAUAAAACUACAUCCCAGAUGCCUCCUUUACAUCACUCUGACCCCAAAACCCCCACAAGGAGUAACGAGCCGCCACCCUGCCAAAAUACUGCCUUCUUCACAGAAGAAAAACCACGAGCCCAAGAGAAGGGUUCUAUGAAUCCACCUGACAGCAUAGACUCCAAGGAGGGCAUCCCUGUCCCACGUCAAGAUCCAGAGGUGUCCACCAACACCAUAGAACUGGGCCCUGGUUCCGGCCCCGCUGGUGACAGAAUGCCACACACCAAUGCGAUUGGAUCAAAAGAUGUCACCCCAAAGCUGGAUGAGAAUGCUGGGAAACAAAUCUCCCCAAAUCCCAGGGACCGUGCAAGAAGCUUCUCAGGCAAGUUCACGAAGCCAACCUUCUUAGAGCUGUUUGCAAAGGCCAAAAACGCCCACUAUCUGCGGCACAGGGUCCCCCCUGAGUCUGAGAGGCUGCUCAGCACUGGGGAGAUAUUCGGGCACGGCGAAUCCUCGUCGUCCAGGGCAGGAAGGGAGGGUGAGACCAUUGUGCCGUCUGCGUCCUUUCCUCUCUAA